UUACAGGCGAGCAGGGGGAGGAGGGAACAAGUCACGGUGCUGUCAUUUAAUUAGAUUAUGGCUGUGCUUUUUGGACUGCAGUGAUUGUAUCUUUGUUUGACAGUCCGGGCGGCAUCCUUCUUGUUUGCUGGCUGUGUGUUUUUUCCCCCCCGGGUGGUUCCGUCAUGUCGGGGAUGCAGCAGCUCAGGCUGCUGGUCAGCGAGCGGCUAACGGCGGCUGCAGAGGAAAUCUUCGGGCUCGUUGAGAGGACAAUCACGGAGUACCAGGAGGAGGUGGUCCGCUCCAAGAGAGAAAUCAUCCAGCUGAGGCAGCAGAUCGAGCAGCUGACCGUCUUACAGCCCCGAGUGUCUUUGUUCAAAGGAGUGCCAGAGAGUCAAAUUCAGCUUCCAGUUGAGCAACAGAAGGUUAAAGAGGAGCAGCUGGAUGUCUGCAUCAGCCCUGACCCGGAUCCUGAUUCCUCAGAGGGCGUGAAAGUUUUUCCGUACGAGUCGCAGACUACCCCUCGCGGCGACCCCGAGCUGCUACCAACCGUCAGCUCCAUAACCGUGACUCUGAACAGCGACGACGUGCACAACGAGUGGAAUGAGAAUCCCGGCUCAGAUUUGGCUUACUUCGGCCAAAGUCACAGGGACGCUUCCUUUCUGCAGCAGGAACAAAUCCUGGAUAAGAAGUCCUGCCGUCUCUGCGGCGUGUACUUCAUCAGAGACUGCAACCUGAUGAGGCACAUGGAGGAGGCCCACGCCGGACACAAGGCCUUCAAAUGCCUCGAGUGCCACAAGGAGUUCGCCCGGAGGGACAGCCUGGCUUUGCACAUGAGGGUCCACACGGGCGAGAAGCCGCACAGAUGCCCCUUCUGCGAGAAGACCUUCACCCAGACCUCCAACCUCAGGGUUCACAUGAGGAAGCACACGGGCGAGAAGCCGUACUACUGCGACACCUGCGGCAAAAUGGUGGCGCACUCGUAUCACCUGAAGAUAUGCUCCAGACAGACCUCAUACACGGCAGACAUCACCGGGGAGAGGGCGUUUCGCUGCUUCCGGUGUGGCAAAAAGUUCCACACGAUUUCAGACCUGAACGUGCACAUGAAGAUCCACGAGGCGCGAAAAUCGCACGCGCUCGUGCAGGUUUUCUCCUAAUCUGCCGUUUCGCUCUUUAUUAUGUCAAGACGUUGUUUAGAAUUGUGAAUGCAAAUGAUUUUUUUUUUUUUUCACACAUUAAAACAAUAAAAAUUGGUGUACAGGAUCACAUACAGAAGCUUGGUGUGUUUUAGGUCCUUUUACUUCCUGCUGUUAUGUCUCUGUAAUUAAAUUGAGAACGAUGAACGAAAAACCUCUGCGAUGAACGAUGAACGAAAAACCUCUGCCGUAUCAUUGGUUAUAUUGGCAAUUGUUUUAGUUACCCUUUAGAUUUAAGUUGAGAUUCUGGAAAUGAACGUUUUUUUCCAGCUUGUGAUGUUGAAAACGUUAUAUAUAAAUAAAUUGAAGAAAACAAAAUUAAAUGUAUUUUGAAAUUACAGGUACAAAAUGUCUUGCACAAGUAAUGCAGUGUCUUUUUCGACAUAGCAUAGCUAAAAAAACGGUUUAACCUCUUUAUUUCACUUUGAUUAUGACACUUUCUAAUAAAGAAAAUAUCUUUUUUUCCCUUUCUAAAUAUUGUUAAUAUUAGGAUAUUUUAAUCCAACAGAGUGAACAGGAUCACGCUGAUUAGACAUGAGGUUAUUCAGUUUUUAUGGAAUUUUGUUCCAUAUAGGUGGAAACCGCAAAAAUGAUGAAACACUGAGUUCCUUUAUUUCAAUGCUAAAAACCUGUAUUUGUUUAACGAAUAGCAAAUGAAACAUCAUAAACUAUAGUCUGUCUUUCAACAUGUCAUUACUCAUUACUUUACCACUGUAAUGUUGCAUUAUUUUUU